CACGAUACAUCGAACUCGUCGGAAACACCAUCGUCAACUUUUAUCUAUCUCAUCAGAAAGCAGAUGGCUACUGCUGCUGCUGCUGCUGCUGCACUGAGUUGGCCUGGCCGUCAAUCAAUCUUGCCCGCCGCCAGUGACGCCAUUUGUAGCAGGCAAUGGCAGCGCCCAUGAUGCCCCACCCCCGCAGUUGGGCUGCCGCCGCCUCUCUCUCUCCUCACUAUAACCACGCGUCGUCACCCCUCUCGCCAUCAAGAGGUUCGUGACGCUGCCGGCCUGACAGGCUAAUAGCAACAACGCUCGCAAAACGCCAAUCGGCACAGCCGCACUACCCUCGCCGUUCGCCGACAAAGAAGACCACGACGCCGGCACAGCAACCGACGUUCGUUCGUUGACCAAGGAGAGAGAGACCCCGCGCUGUCAAGCGAGGGGAGCCCGACGACGCGAUCGCCGCAAACCCCCCCUUUCGCCCUCCCAGCAGCGGCAAGCAAAAGGCUUCAAACCUCCCCCAUCAUCCCUUCUCGCCGCGACCCGGUCGGUGCAGCGCCCGCCCGCCCGCACGUAGCACAACAUGACGACAUACUCGACCGACCCGGCCCUCUACAUCUUCACCUCCCUCACCGCCGGCUCCUCGCACAUCGUCACCGCCACCUCGCGCCUCGAGACCAUCCUCCGCGCCAACCGCGUCCCCUUCAAGGCCGUCGACAUCGCCGUCGAUGAAAAGGCCCGCAUGCUCUGGGGCCGCCGCGCCGGCAAGGACGACGGCGGCCGCCUCAGGAAACUGCCCGGCCUGGUGCAGGAGGGGCUUGUCCUAGGGGACCUCGUCGAGAUUGAAGACUGGAACGAGUACGGCGAGCUCAAGCAACACGUCAAGAUCUACUACGACGAACAUACCAUCCCCUCCAUCCACGACAAGCCCCCCGAGCCGACCAAACUGAAACAGCCGGUGAAACCCGCCGCCAACGCCGCCGCCGCCGCCGCGUCCACCGCAAGCUCAAAGACAGCAGCAACGCCUUCGCCGCCCCCCGCGCCGCCCGCUCCCUCCGCCGAGCACAAAGCCGCCGCCGUUGCCGCGAGUGCCGUCGCCGCCGACGAGGCAAGGAAGACGGACGGCGCCUCCAAGAGCGGCGCCACUGCCGCCAGCGCAGCGACAGCCGCGGCAACCACCGUCCUCCCCAUGCGCAGCGUCGCGGACGAGGCAGCGCAGAAGGCUAAGGAGCUUCGCCUGCGGACUCUGCGCGAAAAGGUCCACGGCAAGAAGACGCCCGACGCCGCCGCCGCCGCCGCGCCCGCCACGCCGCAAAAGUCGAAUACCGCCUCCUCGUCGCCCCCCGAGGGCAACGCUGAUGCCACAGCGGGCGCCGCCACCACCCACGCCGGCCUGCAGUCUCCUACCAGCGGUGCCUGGAAGGACGCCUCGCGCGGCGGCUCCGCCGACGACGCUGCGUCUGCGAGGGAAACGGUGCAGAGCCCCACGACCGGGCGGUGGAGGCGCGGCUCGGGCGACGCGGGCGACCUGACUGCCCGCGUGGCGGAGGCGUCCCCGGAGGAGAUUAAGAAGGUUGAGGCCGAGAUGGCUAUCAAGGAGGAGCCGAAGCUGGAGGAGGAAGAGGACGACGAGGAGGACCAGGAUGAGAAGGAUGGUGAGAAGGUGGUGGUCGCGCCAAAGAGUGCAGACACGAAAAAGGAGGAGAUCAAGACCAGCGCAAAGAAGGAAGAAGAGGAAGACGAGGAUGGGGACGACGACGAUGAUGAAGACGACGACUCGUCGGAUGGGGAGCCCAAGGGAAAAGCAGAGCCCAAAAGGGCGGCACCAGCCUCGAAGUAGUCGGACAGCGCGGCGUGUCACUAGUCAUUACACAUAUUCAGCGUGUUUACGAAGUACAUCUCGGCGACCAUGCGAUACAUAACCGAUCCUCUCUGCGCGUCUUGAAUCUCUUCUAGUCAAGAUAUCGAUAUUGCAUGA